AUGGUGCUCGGCCGUGGCGGAGCUUCCAGCCCAAAGGUCUCGCCCCGCCGUAGAUCCAGACCCCCAUCACUGAUUCCACCCCGCCUAGGUCGCCGCCUGCCGCCGCGCUGCCCCAUCGCGUUCGCCUCCGCUCCGGCCGCCCCGACCCCGCCCGCCUCCUCUCCGGCCGCCUCCGCCUCCGGUCCAUCCUCCGCCCGGCCCCGCUCCGUCCGCCUCCUCUCCGGUCCGUCCGCCACCCUACUCCGUCCGCUUCCGCGCCCCGCGCCGCACGCCGCCGCCCCGCUCCGUCCACCUCCGCCCCGUGCCGCACGUCGCCGCCCCGCUCCCCGCUCGGCCGCCGCCCGCUCCCCGAUGGCGCCGAAGAAGACGCCGAAGGGAAAGUCCGGUUUCUUCGGCAUGAGGGCGAAGCCCUCCGGGAACUUCAGACUGGAGGUCUCCGAUGUCGGGCAGCGUUGGUGGCUCGGCACGUAUCCCACCGCCGAUGAGGCCGCUCGUGCCUAUGACAUGGCGGUGUGGCGUGCCGGACGGCCGAAGACGGACCUAAACUUCCUGGAGGCCGAGUCCCAGGCGGUGGUGGAGUGGCUCGUGCCGCAGGGCAUCCGGAUGGAGGAGAUGCCGGCUAAGAAGGCGAAGAAGAAACCGGCGGUUGUUGUCGCUCCCGGCGAGAGCGACGAGGCGGCGAUGGCUUGGUUUGCGUGA